GAAAUGCAACACGCAACUAAAUCAUAACAAUUCUGUUGGAGGAAAAAACUUACAUCAGGUAGUAUUGCUCAACGAAGAUUUCUUAAAAACUGGCAAAGCUUACAGUUCAUUUAGAAACAGAAAAAGGUUUGCCACAGCACUUCGAGUUUCAAUCCUGAUGGUGCCACAGACAUCCAUUGCCAGGACUCAGGAGAGCAGAAUAGGCAGUAAUCUUUGGAUGAGCAAGCGAGACCGCAGGACAGCUGGAGUAGAGAGACACAGAACGACGGAGAGAGAAACGGGGAAGAAGAAAGAAGAGACCCAGAAAGGAGAACCGAGUGAACGGAGUAUUGCACAAAGGAUUACAGGGAAUGGUAAUGACAAGGUGACUAUAAGGAGGACGAAAAGGAGAGAGCAGUAAAGGAAUAUGGAGGAUUAUUCUUGUUUAUCCUGAGGAGCAGCAUCACAACUGAUCAUAAUGGGAAACACAGACAGUCAGCAUAGCGGCUUCAUUAUUCCUGGCAAGUCACGGCCGUGCUCGCUAAAGUUGCACUCGUCCAAGGAGAAAGAUCUUUCCCCCCAUAGCUGGUGGAGAAACACAGGAGGAGCAUCAGCCUCUAAGACUCAUGCAUCCACCAGAAACUGCCUGAACCAGCACAAAGGUAGCCAGCCAUACGUCUCCUACCACUAUGACUACAUUGAUUCACAGGAUCCCAGCUUUCCAGAGAGCAACACCUGGGACCAUGGGUCACUCCUAGCAAGUGGGAAUUGUCGAUACGCGCACACUUCUGUAAGAUGCUCAAACUCGGAAGUUCCUCAAAAAAAGAGUAGUCCCAAGGUGCUCUUAAGUGGAGAUGGAAGCUUGAGGGUGGAGUUCACAAAAGGCAGGAGAGGUGUGGACAAUGAGCACUGCACUGCACCCAUGGACUCGACCUUGAGGGACAGCAAAGGUUCUUCUAUAAGUUCUGAGGAAUCCUGGUAUGACUCUCCAUGGGGUGCUGCCACAGAGCUCUGUGACAACGUUUUCACCGGUAACCAGCCUUCAGAUGACAGCAGCGGUUACACUACACUUUCCUCCACUCGUACAGAGGAUAUAAGCUGCGCUCCUUCUGCUAUGGAAUGCCAUGCAGAUGAGAUCCUGUGCCAGGAGACAGGAAACAGAACCACUGGCUAUGCCACCUGUUCUCCUGAAUGCACAGAGGAAGACAGUGGUAUUGGGGAUUCGGUUUUACUCCACAUAGAGCAGAAGGACAUUGCAUUGAGCUCUAUUGGUAACGUUUACAUUAAUCCAAACUUGACCGGACCUUUUCCAACAAACGGCAUCCUUUCUAAAGUCCAGGCCCAGAAUUCUCCUGUCCUCAAUUCCACUACUAAGGAAGUGUGCCAAGAAAACCACCCUUUUACAUCCCUUACGCUGCCUUGCAGAAAAUCAGGUGGAGGUGAUGUUAAUUCUAGAAAGGACUCACUCAAAAGCCGGAUCCGCCGCAUUAGCGACUGGACUGGAAGCCUGAGCAGGAAGAAACGGAGACUGCAGGAGCCUUCAGAAACCUUCACCAGUAGUGAUGGCCUUAUGGGUGGUUCCAGUGUUCAGUUGAUGGCUGGUGACCCAUGUUGGAACUUCCUGAACAGCCAGACACGCUCAGCAUGCUCUCUUACAGAACCAUAUACUCAGCACAACCAGAACGUCUAUGAGAAUUUCAUGCAGGAGCUGGAAAUGGGUGAUGCUUUCCAGGAGUGGGAAGAGGUCGAGGGCGAUCAGGUUGAGAGCAGCAGUGGAUCUCUGAGCUCUCUGGAACAGAUGGAGCUGCUGUUUGAGAAGGAACAGGGGGUGGUGCGGAGGGCAGGACGACUUGCCUUCAAACCACUUCUCAGCCUGCAUAAAGAGCGCAAGCUGGAGCUGGUGGCACGCCGCAGGUGGAGGCAAUAUUGGGUCACGUUAAAAGGCUGCAUGCUCCUACUGAGUGAGGCAGAUGGGAAGAACUGCUUGGAGCAGGAAAUGUCCCCACGCUACGUCCUGCUCGCAGAGGACAGCAUUGUGCAGGCCGUGCCUGAACAUCCAAAGAAGGAAAAUGUUUUCUGUUUGAGCAAUGCUUACGGAGAUGUCUACCUUUUUCAGGCUUCAAAUCAGACAGAUGUGGAGAACUGGGUAACAGCCAUCCACUCAGCAAGCGCCUCACACUUGGCCAAGCGUCAGGGCAAAGAAGACACUUUGCGGCUGCUGAGGAACCAGAGCAGAACCCUACUGCAGAAGAUCGACAUGGACAGCAAAAUGAAGAAAAUGGCUGAGCUGCAGCUUUCUGUCAUUACUGACCAGAAAAACAGGAAGGCUGUCGAGGGACAGAUCCAGCAGUGGGAGCAAAACCUGGAAAAGUUCAACAUGGAGCUUUUCCGCAUGCGCUGCUAUUUGGCCAGUUUGCAGGGCUCUGAGCAGCCCAAUCCCAAGAACCUGUUAGCCGUGGCUUCACGUCAGUCAAAGAUAGCACUCGGACGUCUGGGGAUUUUCUCCGUCUCAUCUUUCCAUGCUUUGAUGUCCACCCGUGAUGAGGCCAGUUUAAAGAGGCGCUCACGCUCUCAGUCUCGAGCCGCACGGAGCAAACGAGGAAUCUUCUCCUCUCAGAAAGGCCUGGACAGCCCGAUUAGACGCAACUGUGAAAAGAGACAGUCACUGUCCCAGGUAUUUGAAGGACAUUCCAGUGGAACUCUUGGUUAUACACCAACACAGAGCAGUGCAGAGCAAAUGGACACUUUUCCUAAACUGCAACCAACAGCGCCAUCUGAAGGUAGAGUGUGGGACUGCGGUGUUGAGAGCCUACUGUGUGUGUUCAUGCCUGACAGGCAGGUCCUCAGUGUUCCUGUCAGACAGGAUUUCAUCAUAGCUGAUGUUCUCGCCUCAGCCUGUAAGUUGAAGCAGCUGGAUCCGACGCAGUAUUAUCUGCGUGUCAAGAGACGUUCAGGUCCAGAUGUUGAGUUCAGCACUCCAGCAAACUCAGACUUACUGAGAGACCUGGUUUAUGACGAACUUGAUGUUCAGCCUCUCAACGUCUUCACUUUGACACUUUCACGUCCAGAUACCGUCAGCGAUUUUGGAUUCGCAGUGACGGGCCAUGUAGAUGGUUUGAGGAGGAGUCACAUCUACGUGAGUGAAGUGAACCUGGAAGGCCUGGCGUUUACUGAGGGGUUGAAAGCAGGUGAUGAGAUCUUGGCUGUGAACAGUGCAAGCGUAUCCACUCUGGACUUGGGCCUCAUACACACCUUGUUCAGUGAGCAGACGCUGCGUCUCCUCCUCCGGCGUGAGGAAAGCGUGUCAGAUGAUCAGGGCAGUUUUUGGCCGACGUGUAACCCCAGUGACCCAUACGAACCUGUCCCACCCUCCAGCGCAUCCUUCUGCCCCCUUCCACCUUCACACAGCACACAGAUGCAGUUCAGCUCAUCAGAUGGCUCUCAGUUCCUGGAAGUUCCUGGUGAUGCAGCACUGCCUCUGUCAGGGGACGUCUGCGAUAAGGCCGAGCGGUGCGGAAAGAAAGUAGAGCGAGCGUGCCCGCUGUACCAGACCUACCCCGAGGUUGAAAACCUUGCCGCAGAGGGCUACAGGAACCCGUACUCCACCGAGAGCGGCACUGCAAGGGGCAGCCCACGUCACAUGACCAUCACAGAGAGACUCCAGAAGGUCAUUCAGGAGCUCGUGGACACAGAAAAGUCUUACGUGAAGGAUCUUGGCUGUCUGUUUGAGAUCUACCUGAAGCCUUUAGAGCGAGAGACUUUCCUCAGCCGGGCAGAGAUGGAGUCUCUGUUCGGCAGCCUGCCAGAGAUGCUGGACUUCCAAAGGGUGUUUCUGCAGACGCUAGAAGAGAAAACCAGCUCGUCUCCAGACUUCAUGACACUCCAGACAGCAGAGCAGCUCAAGAAACUGCUUUCCUCACUGGGUGGAUCCUUUCUGUACUACGCAGACCACUUUAAGCUCUACAGUGGCUUCUGCGCAAACCAUAUCAAAGUCCAGAAAGUUCUGGAACGAGCAAAGACAGACAAGGCGUUUAAAGAGUUUCUGGAGGAGAAAAAUCCCACCAAACAGCAUUCAUCUACGCUGGAAUCCUACCUCAUCAAGCCUGUGCAGAGGGUCCUCAAAUAUCCACUGCUACUGAGAGAGCUUGUGUCGCUCACAGACCCUGAGAGCGAGGAGCACUGCCAUCUCACCGAUGCGUUGAGGGCCAUGGAGAAGGUGGCCAGCCACAUCAACGAAAUGCAGAAGAUCUAUGAAGAUUACGGCACUGUGUUUGAUCAGCUGGUGGCAGAACAGUGCAGAACCAAGAAGGAGGUAACAGAGAUCUCCAUGGGAGAGUUUAUCGUCCAUGGCUCUGCGCUCUGGCUGAACCCCAUGACCUCACUGGGACGUAUGAGGAAAGAGCCGGAACUCACCAUUUUUAUUUUCAAAAGAGCGGUUAUUUUGGUGUAUCGAGAGAGCAUCAAGCUGAAGAAAAGGAUGACAUCAGCCCGCUCUGGAGAUCUGGAUCCUUUCAAAUUCCGUUGGCUCAUACCAGCUGCAUCUCUACAUCUGAGACCUGGAAACUCAGCAGGAUCUGAGAACCCCUGUGUUUGGGAAUUAGUUCACACUAAGUCUGAGGUGGAAGGAAGACCAGAGACGGUUUUUCAGCUCUGCAGCAGUAAUCUAGAGAGCAAUACGGACGUGGUGAAGGCCAUCCGCUGUGUGCUGAGAGAAAAUGCCAAAAGAAACACUCCAACUGAAAGAGGCUUCAGAGACAAUCUGACAUUCCCUAGAAGGAGCCACCAAGCCACAGCGAGAAAUAGAUCCUGGACUAAGACUUGUCAAACAGAAGAAGGCCGUCUGCUUGGUGGAGACACAUAUUCAGAGCCUGGCAUUCCCAAAAACCCAUGUCUGUCUCUGGGCUCAGGAACCAGGCUGGGAUCUCUCACCAGCUCACUGGAAGCCCAGCUUCAGAGACUGAGCUUUAUGGAAGAAGUGCCACAGGAAGCCAAGGCUAGAAACUCUAGCCACAUGACUAUAAUUGAGAACACUCCCAACAUGGAUGUCAGCUUCCUGCUGGUUAGGGACGACAGUGUGCAGAGUCUGAACUCUGCCGUUAAUGCAGGCGUUUUCUAUGACACAGUAAUUGGGGUCCAGAAGGCUGCCAUUCCAACGCUGUAGAAGGAUUUGUGUCUUGGAUGGGUCUAAAGAUCUAAGUGUAUACUAAAGCUGUUUUAAUUCAUCACUUAUAUGAAAAAGAUGCAGCCCCAUAAAACAGAACUUGCACAUAUAAUGUAUAAAGACUAGCAGGAUAUGUUCUUUUUGACCAAAAGCAGAGAAAAACACAGAAGUGGUGUAGCGUUAUAGGAGAAAAUAAUCAAUGACUGUAUGGUGCCUUUCAAUAUGGGAAGUCCUACAGCAAUUUGCCAACAUUUGAAACUUAUUUAUUAAGUACGAAUUAAAAGUCAUACAGUAUAUUUGGAUUAUUUUUUGAAAUGCACUUCAGUGAAUUUAUUUAGGUACCUGUCUCUGAAGCUAACAAAUCAGUUUACCCAAGCAUAAAAUUUAAUUCAGUUUAAAAUCAUUGUGUAUAUUAGAUUGGAUAAGCUUUAAAUUAAUGAUAAUAUUUAAAACGAGGUCUUCUCAGCAGUGGACUCACACCUUUGGCUCACUGUACGAUGCCUGAAACAUAGACUUUGUGUGAACUUGAAGCCUUUGCUUCCGAACACUGCAGUCACACGUUGCCUUCUCUCAUUAACGCUCAUUCUGGACUGAUACCCGGUCCACCUGUCUGUCUCUCUGUUUGUGGAUAUUGUUGUUCUAUAUUUGUACCUCUUUUUGACAAAAGCUUUUCUCAGUUCAGAACAAGAACAGCUUGACUUGAUCUUUUUUUAAACUUGAACAAGAAAAAAAAAUCCUAAAAUAUUUUCUUAAGUUAAAAUGUUUGCAUUACAUGUUUUUGUGGUUCAUAUGAACUGACUGUAUUUAAAGUACCUCUGAAUAUGUCUUUUGUAGUCUUGUAAUUUAUUUGUAAAUUAUGGUAUAUUCACUACCUGAGCAGCUCUUUUUGUAAAAUAUUGAUAUUAAGCGUAUGUUGUAAUAUUUAAUAAACCUUCUCUUAUACUCUUAUGCUUUGACGUGAAAUUUGUGUUAAUCUUCUUGUACUUUUAUUAGACACACAAAUAACAAGCAGCUCACAAAGGCUAACCACAUUCUGACCCACAUGGCUUACCAUACUGUCUAUUCGGAUUCCACAUGCAUUUGUUGGUUCUAUUCGAUUGCUGCUAUUGGCUUUACAUAUUUCCUGUGUCAUUGUUUUGAUUGCAACUUCUGUUGAUAUGGAUCCUCCAAAGUGAAUGUAUAAAUGAAAUGAAUAAAGCACGGUGAAGAAAA